CUGCUCAACGUUAAAUGACUUGGUAAAAGUAUGAAAAGUGUACUUUGAGCCAAUCAUAACAAUUGGCUACUCAUCUUGUUGUGUAUUAUAUAUAAAUCAUGGUUUCUGCUGUCUCUGUAAUGUUUUAUUUUUUUUGAGAAAGAACUCAAUUAUAUCGAUUUUGAAAAUUUUACUUCAGAUUCUAUAUUUAAGUUCUGCACUAUACUCAUAUCGAUCUCAAUAAUACAUAUAUACUAUGAGCUAUUCUCAGACAGAUUCUUUGACUACGAAAGAUAGUCCUAAAGCUCAGAUACCAACUAAAUCAUCUUUUUCAGAUUCAGAAUUUGACCAAGAAAGCAAUGAUAAUGACUUCAUUAAUUAUCUAAAUUCGUCAAAUUUCGCAAACAAUAACGAUACAAUCACCAGACAGUUAACUUUAGAAGAAAUUGGAAAUGAAGUCAAGUUAGAAAGAACAAAAAGUCUCGCCAUAACCCCAUCUGAGGGCUAUCUAAAUGAAUUAAGAAAUAAUGAAGAAGACCCUAAACUUAUUGAUCCAAGCACUUUAGAUUGGGAAGGUGCUGAUGAUCCUGAUAAUCCAAAUAAUUGGCCAAGCUGGAAAAAAUGGUACUCCACUAUGACUGUAGCCUGUAUCUGUCUUGUUGUCACUUUUGGUUCAUCUUUAUUUGUUUGUGGUGUUCCCGAAUUGAUGGUAGAGUUGAAUAUAUCCCAAGAGCUUUGUUUGGCAGGUUUAACUUUUUAUUUGAUAGGUUUAGCUUUUGGCCCAAUUCUAGCUGCUCCAAUCUCAGAACUAUUUGGUAGAAAAAUCGUUUAUCUUUUCUCUUUACCAAUGUCAAUGCUAUUCACCAUGGGUGUCGGUUUAUCAAACAAUAUUCAGUCGAUAUUAGUUCUAAGGUUCUUUUCAGGGUUCUUUUCAUCUCCAGCCAUGGCUGUUGCAGGUGGUACUAUUUGUGAUAUCUGGGAAGUUCAAAUGCAAGGUGUAGCAAUGGGAACAUUUUGUUUGGCUCCAUUUCUAGGUCCUGUUUUGGGCCCUGUCAUUGGUGGCUUUGUAGCAGAGAAAAAAGGUUGGAAAUGGACUCUAUGGGUAAACUUAAUGGCUGCAGGCUUAAUCUUAAUUCCAGUUAUUCUGCUACCUGAAUCCUAUAAACCAAUCUUAUUGAAAAAAAGAGCUAAAAAAAGAGGUUAUAUUUUAAAAAAACCCGAUGUCACUUUAGGUCAAUUUCUAAAAAUUAUAAUCGGUGUUUGUUUAGUAAAACCAAUUCAAAUGCUAUUUGUUGAACCAAUCGUCAUGGUUUUCUCAAUAUAUAUUGCAUUUGUAUUUUCCGUUCUCUUUGGUUUCUUUGAAGCUUUCCCCAUCAUUUACAGGGGAGUUUAUCAAAUGAGUUUCGGUGUCUCAGGUUUAGCCUUUCUUGGUAUAGGAAUAGGUUUAGGUUUAGGAACUGUUUAUUUCAUUUAUGUUGACAGAUUUGUCUAUUGGAAAAAAAAUCCUGAUGGAACAAGAGGCCAAUUUGAUGAAAAUGGAAAUCCUGUUUUUCCAGAACCUGAAAGCAGAUUGGACCUCUGUAAAGUUGGUGCAAUCAUUUUGCCUCCUUCUUUAUUUUGGUUAGGCUGGACUGCAAGAGAAUCCGUUCAUUAUAUGGUAUCAAUAGCUGCUGGUCUACCAUUUGGCUUUUCAAUGAUUUUAAUUUUUUUCUCAAAUAUUUCUUAUUUCGCCCUAUCCUAUCCCCCAUUAUCCGUUGCCUCGGCUUUAGCUGCAAACAAUCUUCUCAGAUAUUCUCUUGCUUCGGUUUUCCCUUUAUUCACUGUUCAAAUGUAUGAUAAAUUGGGCAUUGACUGGGCUUCAUCACUAUUUGGUUUCAUUGCUUUAUUAAUGUUACCGGUUCCAUGGGUUUUCGCUAAAUGGGGACCAAAUUUAAGAAAAACCUCCAGAUUCGGUUAUGCUGCUAUGAAGGCCUUUAUUUAUGACUUUAGAACCACUUGA